AAUGUUUCAAGCUUUUGUGACUCACAAAUAUCACAGGUACACCAGGCCCCGUCUUCUUAAGUGUACGUACAUAUUUGUCUAUGCUCCGUCAUGAGCCGCCGAGUGGUACUAAUAGGGUCGUAUAAUGCAUAUGGGGUAUACUUGGGAGGCGCCACACGUCGUAACUCGGUAGUAACCAGGUCACACUACCCUAUGGGGCGUUUUGUCGCAUAAUCGGAACGAGAUAUCUGCGAGAGUCUCUGCGCAGUGGGUGGUUGUUCUGAAAUAUUUAAGCUGCUUACAAGUAUCGAUUAUUAAUCGAGUUCACGAUUUGUGGGCGAUCUUUUCAUUUGAGAAGUUGUUCUGAUUUUUCGACAUGGCUGAGUUGCGGAUGAGUGGUAAUACUGGUGAAUCGCGUUCUGAAUUGGUUUCACAACUCUCGUUCAAACAGAAGUCCACGUUGAGUCGCUGGUCAGUCUCCCUGGCCGUUGUUGCUAUAAUUGUCAUAGUCGCUCUGGCUAUUGCUUUGGGUAUCGUUGCCGGCAAAGAUCACGUGGUAGAGAACACGACACCAUCAGUAUCGACGCCAGCUACACCCUGUAAACUAACCACACCCGACUGCUUCUCUCACGAAGGUUCGGCGUCAAGGAACUUAGAUGUAGCUAACUGUGUGUUGGAAAGUUAUCCACUUAUAGACGGCCAUAAUGAUCUGGCGUACCAAUACUUCAGAAACGUGGACAAUAGAGUCUAUCGCGUCAACAUGAGAGAGGAUUUACGAAAAGUCUGGCCCAACGCAUCAGUCCAUACAGAUAUACCCAGGAUACAGCGGGGGAGACUCGGGGCUCAGUUCUGGGCCUGCUAUGUCAGCUGUAACACUCAGUAUAAGGAUGCUGUGCGUCGCUCGCUCGACCAACUUGAUACCAUUAAAAAGUUCACGAAGAAAUACCCGGAUGUGUUUGAGUUUGUCACUUCUGCUCAAGGUAUCCUCGAUACGUUCUCCAAGGGGAAAUUCUCGAGUCUGGUAGGCCUGGAGGGAGGCCAUUCUAUCGACAGCAGUCUCGCUAACCUGCGCAUGUUCUAUGACCUUGGGGUCAGAUACAUGACUGUUACUCACAGCUGCAAUACUCCUUGGGCCGAUAACUGGACAGUUGACCGCGACAACAACCCCGAACACAACGGACUGACAGAGUUUGGCAAGAAAGUAAUUCUGGAGAUGAAUCGUCUGGGGAUGUUAGUGGAUUUGUCACACGUAUCAAAGAAAACGAUGACGGACACUCUCGAUAUCACAAUGGCGCCAGUCAUCUACAGCCACAGUUCCGCCUUCGCCUUGUGUAACCAUUACCGCAACGUACAGGACGACGUGCUCCGUAUGACGAAAGACAACGGCGGAGUUGUGAUGGUCAACUUUUAUGAUUUAUACAUCAACUGCUACCCGUCCAACCAGACAACACCUACACUGGACCAGGUAGCAGAUCACAUAGAGUAUAUUAAGAGGCUGAUUGGUGUUGACUACGUAGCUAUAGGAGCCGACUAUGAUGGUGUCCCAACACUUCCUGUGGGACUUGAGGAUGUGUCCACCUACCCGGCUCUAUUUGCCGAGCUGGUCAGCAGGGGCUGGACACAGGAGGAGCUCACCAAACUGGCUGGGAAGAAUCUCAUCAGGGUCCUCACCGAAGCGGAGAAGGUACGUGACCGCCUGGCGUACAUGAGUCCGUACGAAGACGAGCUACCCCUGGGUGGACUAUUUCCUAAUCAGACAGACUGCUGGUCAUGAUGUCAUGGUGACCCGGGGAACGCAUUAUGACGAUGGCUUUCUACAGAGUAGUAAUACUAUAAACAUUACCGUGAUGUAUGGAGAUUACUGGUACAAUUCUUGCUGGUUAAGUAUUUUGUGACAUAUGACGAUUCAUUAAAGAAAUUAUAAUAAUGCCAGUUAAUAUAACUGUGAUGUAUGGAGAUUACACUGAUGUUUGUUGACAAUCUGGUAACCAAUGAAAUGAUAGGGAUGCUGGUUUGCCGCUCCGGUGAUUUAUGGAUCAGUGUAUUCACUAACACGGCCUAUAUAUUAGCCUAGGUCUCGGGUGUGCUGUUCUUUAUUAGUUGAUGAAGACUGAGACAGAUCUCCAGACUGUUUAUCUGUAGAAAUCAUAUUGCUCUUUAUAGUAUUAUUUUUUUAAUUGUCUGUAGUUAUGUAUAUUAAGGAGAGUAUUCUGUAGAUUUUGACAUUUGUCUCAUGAUUUAACAAUAUGAAUUCACUGAGAGGCUUAAGUAAAAACAAGCAAGCAGACGGACAAAAACAUGGACAGGCCAAUUCCAGUGUUGACCCACUCUAAAACUCCGUUUGGGCACUAAACCUACUUCAGUAAGGCGACAAUUUGAACAAGUUAAACAAAAAUCUCUAAUUUUGAACUAUUUGGCUUAAAUGUAUACAUUUAUCUAAAAAACGAAAUACCAGGGAAAAGAAACGAAGAAUAACGAAAGUGACGUUUUACCUCAAUGCGUCGCCUGUGACUCCGCAUUGGGGUCCAGGUAAUACACCACGCUAUAGUUUCCAUCUCCUGUAGCAGGAAAUGUCUUCUUGUAACCAUUUCCACCUAUUUGUGACCUUUGACCGGGUUUUGAACAAUAUCACAAGCCAUGCCGUGUACAAGUAUAUUUCUGUAAAAAUGUCCAGUAAAAUGCCCAGUUAUGCAGAGAUUGUACUCGCCUUAUCUUCCUAAAUUUAACAUUGUAGACAGGUCGCGGGUGGCGGGUGUCAUCGAUGAAACAGAGGACCCUUACCCUUCUGGAACACCUGUUCCAUAAUAUCUGGAACACCUGCUCCAUAAUAUCUGGAACUACUGUUCCAGAAUACCUGAAGUUUUGAUUAAAGUUUUUUUUUUUUUAUAAUAAACGCCAUCCAUGUUGUUUGUCAUACUUUUGUGUAUUUCGAUCUGUUGAGAAAAUCUGUUUGCAAGCAAUAAGUAAUUUGAAAAUAAUUGCUAUUUGUUGCAUUAAUUUUGAAUGAUUUAUUAAAAAACUGAAAUGCAUGAAGUGUCUUCAAAUUAAAUCUAGUGAAAAUAAAACAUUUCUAAACAUUUUGUUCUUUUUCUUCUAAACACCAUUUUCCAGCAUAUACAAUAUAUUGCGUACCCCUCUCACUAGAUAGUAGAUAAAUUAUAACAAAUUUUGAUAGCUUUUGGCUUCCAUUUCAUCUUCUCAGCAAGAGCUUUUUAUGGUGCCAGCAAGUAUUGUGCACACAUAUCAUCACACUGGGUGUUAACAGAUAGGUUUUUACAAAAUAUAUAGUAGAUAAAGCUAAAUAGGCAGUCAACACCAAGUCGGUAGAAACUGAAAGGGCUGACAAGAGCAGGGUGUGCAGAGCAUUAUACGCCCUCAACCAAUUGGAGGAAUUGGUGUCAUUUGUAUAUGUUGGUGCAUGCUACAAUAAUUCACUGCCACGUGAGUAUUAAACCAUACCAGUUUUUAGUUGUCUCUACGGCUGGUCUUUUACCUGUCCGACGAAUUGCAGUCACAAACUUCACACUACCAGAAAGUGUUCCCAACAGAAAAAUCUAAGCUGCAAAGGCCUAUUAUUUCUGCGAGUGUAUAAGGGAAAAUGGGUUGUCAACUGAGAAUUCUUGGCGUGAGGUUCCUUGGACAGAGAAUGAAAGCUGGAUGUAAUGUUAAUUAUGUUUUAUUUACCAUGUUAAUAUAUAUAUAUAUAUUAUCUACAUCUAGCAACAAGUAACACCUAGAUCACACACUUAUACAACAUAAACAUUGGCCUCAACAGCAGCCAACUACACAAACAUAGCAAUCAAAUCCUAACAUCUCAGUACCAUUACCUGUAAACUAAUGACAAUUCCCUGUACACUGUACUGACAAUGAAUGGAGCAUCAAAUCUAUUUUCCAUAUCAUUUAGGAAACUCAAACAGGCAUUUUACUUGUGUCUAUCAAAAUUUGUGUAAUGAUAAAUCUUAAGAAUAAAAAAUUGAAGUAACAUAAUAAACAUAGUUACGAUCAGUCAAUGUUACUGGUCCUAAUCACUAACUCAACAUUGUAAUUUAUCACUAGAGUCAUUACGUUGGGUAAGUUUGAAACAUACUAAAAAACAUUGUUCUGUAUUUCAAACAUGAGGUCCAUAGGGUCUGUAUCGCUCACCUGGAUAUUUAUUUCCAAAUUUUGGUUCUGUCUCUCAGCAUCCAAGGAGACAAAACCCUUCCUUUAAACAACAUUUGAAUGUCUGGUCGACAGGAUACCUUCAGUAAAUGUAGUUAAAAUGUGAUCAACUGUUAAGGGGGAGUAGACUUUCAAAUACUUAAACAACCAAAUUACCAUGCUCAACAAGAGGGAGCUCAACUCUCUCUUUACACAACAAAGGAUUCCCAAGUCAAAAAUGCUUCAUAUGAAAUAAGGUUAAUGUAGGAAUAGAUAAGUAUAUGGUUACAGGGAAGGCACUUCAACUAUCUCCAUGUUAUGAUCAAGGGACUACAUCUCCUGGGGCAGGGAAGGCCCCAGGGGCCAAUCAUUGUAGCAUGAGUGUAUUUGACUCUUCGUACCAUGAAACUAGUCCCAAUGGGCGAGCAGUACUCCUCCAGCAAUUAUGGUAGCAUUAGUGAAUGAUUUUUCUUCCUGCCCAGGGAUUGUUAAUAGUUAUCGGAUCGAGAUCCCUACUGGUUCUGUGUUAUAACCCAGGGACAGAUCCAAACCCCUGGACCAAGUCUGAUAGCAUUACUGUGUUAUUUUUUUAGUACCCAGAAAUCCUCUUAUAUGUUAAUAUGGUUAUAGGGUUGAUAUAUCGGCUGCUAAAUGUUGACUGAUGGAUAAACGGACGAUGCACCACUGCAUAAACUUAUCUGGCCCUAUAUGCUCAGUAACUUUCCCUUACAAAAGCUAUGAUUCAAAUUAGUGCUUUCCUGAGAGCUGUUCUUAUAGAAGGCAUGUUUUAGAAGGUUUCCCAUUAACUAUAUGUUUUAAGACUUUGUAUUCUAUGACAAUUUACACUUUUCAGGAAUUUUGUAGAAGGUAUUGAUUACACACUCUUCAGUUUCUAUCUCAAUAUUGUGAUAUGGUUAUUCCUGUCUUACUUCCAAUUUGGCAGAUAAAACCCAACAGUAUUAACACAAAAAUAUCUCAUCAACCAAUUUCAACAGGAAAUUAAAAAAACUCUUUGUAAAUGUAUUCAAUCUGUAUCAACACGAAACAAUAGAUAUUAAAAGAAAAACAUCUUGGUUACACCAGAGCUAUGUUAAACCAAGGUAAAAAGCUACUGGGUUCCAAGAGAUGCCCAAACAUUCAGAAAAAUGGCCAAGUCUGAUGAUUAAUGCCCUUCAGGAUCACCAAUCUGAAUCAUAGCUAUUGUUUACUUACGAUCCCCCUAAAAUCUGAAUCAUAGCUAUUGUUUACUUACUGUCCCCCUAAAAUCUGAAUCAUAGCUAUUGUUUGCUUACUGUCCCCCUAAAAUCUAUUAUCUACAUCAGUGUAAAAAAAAA